AAAUUGUUUCCAGACCACCAUUGAAAGAUUUCUGCUUGGGGCGUUACCAUGGCAACAAAGAAAGAAAAAAUCUUUGAUAAAAUCAUUGCCAACAGUCAUAAGAUCGAUUCAGAAUGUCCUGCCAUCUAUGAUUUGCCAAAGAAUACAGAGAAGACUGGAAAUCUGACCAAAUUCACUGUUGGCAGGAAAAAUGAGAAGCCAAACAUAACCAUCUUACUUAUUGGUGAGACAGGAAGAGGAAAAUCUACUCUGAUCAGCGCUCUGGUCAACUACGCCAUGGGGGUGAAGUUUGAGGAUGAAGUCUGGUUUCAGAUUGUGGAGGAAGAGCAGAGAAGUCAGAAGUCAGAUGUGGUCGUCUAUCAGAUCUUUGGGUUUGAAGAUCAAACUCUGCCAUUCUCUCUGACCAUCAUUGAUACUCCUGGAUAUGGAGACACCAGAGGGAUCCAACAUGAUGAUGAAGUCAGUCAGAGGUUAUUCAGCUUGUUUCAGCCAGAGGGGGGAGUUCCUGACCUUCAUGCAGUGGGUCUGGUGAUGAAGGCGACUGAUCAUCUAGUCAGUGAUCGACUGCAGUACAUCUUUAAUUCAGUGGUUUCUCUGGUUGGACCAGAAAACACCGUAGCUUUGAUCACCCACUCUGAUGGAAUGCCUCCACGCGAGAUCCUUAAAGCUCUAGAGAAGGCAAACAUUGAAUGUUCUAAAGAUGAGAAGAACCAGAUCAUUUACUUCAUGUUCAAUAACCAGCAGAAGAUCCAGAGAAACGAAGAAAAUGAGAUUGGCUUAGAGAAUGCAUGGAGAGUCUCAGAGAGAGGAUUUGGUCGAUUCAUGACUUACUUGAAAGAUAUCAGCCCAAAAUAUAAAGAGCUAAUGAAUGAAACCCUGAAAGAACGGGCCAGACUGACCGCCUGCAUCCAGAACCUGGACGAAAGAAUCAGGUUCACUGAAUUAAAGCAGAGAGAUAUAAACAUGAUAGAUGAAGCCCUAAAGAAACACAAUGAACAGAAUAAAACUGGGCAGUUUACUGCAGAGUCCAGAAAGGUGUGA